UUACCUUUUUUUAAACUUAUUUCCAACACCACUAAUUUUAGUUUACAUGUCACCGCCUGGGAUAAGAAUUAAAGUUAAAGUUGAAAACCCGAGCUUAAAAAAUCCGCCAUAAAUUCAAAUUUCCCUGUUUUUUGGCCGUACCCAGCAGGCUUUAUUGGAUGGGAAGUAUACUUAAGUUGGAACACAUUAUGAUUUUUUAAACGUAUUUUUUUCCAGUUUUUACGAUGAGUACAGCCGAUUUUCGUUGUGCAAAAUUCAAGUUGUUCAUCCUUGUCAAGCUCCAGCGCUACCGUUACUUAUCCAAUCGAAUUGGUCUGAGUUGCAAAGUUAAGCUCUGAUAUAUUGAUUGGGUGGAUACAAGUGGAGAUAAGAAGAAAAAGUCCGAAAUUUUACGUUUUGAACUUAAACAACUGUGCCUUUGCACAGAUGUCAGUAACAUAUAUAUGACGUGACGGCAAACCUAUAUGCGAUAACCCAAAUCACACCUCUUAUGUUUCUUUUAAAGUGCGCUUUCAGAUUAUAAUUUAGGUAUUUUCAAUUAAAAUAAUCGCUAUAUGAUUUAUAAAGACACAAUACUGGUAAAAUUUGAACAUGAAUUCGAGUAUGGAUAAGGCAAAACACUUUUUUGCUGAAAGUGGUAUCUUAGGACCCACCAACUUUAAGGAUUCACGUGACUUGAUUCGUAAGACAUCAACAAUUCACAUUGACACUAGCCUAAAGAAUCAGAUACGAAAAACGUCAUUAUGUCUGCGGUCAAGGGUUGUUAACGAAACUAAUACAUUAAACAGCUUCGAUGAUUCCAUACUCAGUCUUCAAAACGAAAUCUAUAACAUAAGAGAAACUUUAGUCAAGGGCGAGACUAAAAUUAUAAUUCUCCGUACUGAAAUUGGCAAACUAAAGCAAGCACUUCAAGCGAUAAUGCACGUCCAAAUGGAAGCUCGAAACUGCUCUGAGGAAACCAUUGUGAACAUUAAAAAUCCCACUCCGAGUCUUUGCCUAUUUUGCCAACCUAUAAAUAUUUCCAUAAAAGGGUCUCCAAGCUGCAGCCCAACGUUUACCAAUAGAAGCAAAAAAGAUAGACCAACUCAAAAAGUUUUAGUUGAAGGAAUGAACAACAUCUGGAAUAAUGGCAAAUAAAAGUAAUGCAUGAAUAAAAAAAUAAUAUAUAAUAAUUUGUUGUACUUUUUAAAGUUUGUUUUGACAGGAUAAAAUAAAUUGUGUUGUUCUUUGCAGAAGAAUUAGACUUAUUAGAAUUAUUACACUUUAUUGAGGUUAGCUUUAUCUAUUACAUUUGCAAUAAUAGCGUAAUAUAUACAAUAAAUUAAUAACGGUUUUAUAACAUAUUUUGUAUACUAAAAAAAGUUUAAAAACUUAGUUUCAUAGAAAGCACUUCGUAAGGUUAGGGACAAACAAGACGUGCACUCAUCCCUGAAAUUAAAAUUACAACUGGAGCAUUUCAAAUUGAUGUACAUAUAACUAAAUAACAAAGUACAAAUUAAAACAGUUCGAGAACUCUAUUAUUGAUAGUAUUAGUAAUAACUGAAAAUUCACUAUUACUAGAUUAUUUGAACUUGAUUACAACAAUGUAUCCUAACUCUAUGAAUAAUAAAUUAUAAUUUUACAUAUGAUAUUUAGCUAGUAGAGAAAACGGUUGAGGCCUCCAAAAUUUGUUGUAUGGUAAUUCUUAAUUGGUAAAUAUAAUUUCCAAUUGUAAGCAGUAGCCUGUAUUUUUAUGAAUACAUCAUUUUUUGAUCGAGCCAUACAUUAUUCCAAGAACCGAAAUUAUGGUUCUGGCUAAAAAUGUUAAUAUGAUUAAAUAAAGUAAAUAAAUGGCACCAGCUCAAACUUACUGCGGAGCUUCAGAUAAAGCCAAGACCAAUUUCUUAUGACGUAAAGUUUUAAUUAUUUCUCCAUCGUUUGAAGAUACAGCCAUUUGACAAAUAAAAUAUUUUAUCAUACAAAUUCUUUCAAAAACCAAAUUAUAUUCUGUUUUUUUUUUAAUAUCAAGUAAUAUUUGUUGUACGAAAAUGGAUUUUAUUUCUAAAAUCUCCAUUUUAAAACACAAUUUGUAUUAUAACAAGAAACAAGAAUAUUGAGACAAUCUAGGGAUGUCUGUAUCUGCCGUAUUUGUGCCCGUUUUUAUGACAAAUAUGGGAACCUUCUCGAAGUUUGAUUUUGCUUUAUCCAAAUAAAGGAGAAAGGGGGAGUCGGUAAAAUAAAAUAAGAUGGCUUUAAGUUGUACGCUUAUUUGCAAAAAUCAACGAAAUCAUACUAAUAGA